GAAGUCAGUGAUGGCCUCAGUGAGGAAAGAAUCCAAGAAGAGUCACAACCCAGCAGAGAGUGUUUGUCGAAAAAUCAGAGCCAUUCGGAAGAGAGAGGCCCUUUUGAAUCCGAUUCGACAGAUUGCUAAAUGCAAGUCCAGCAGCCCUGACAGUCCACGGUCUAAAACCAAGAGAGCCUUUGGGGAGAUGCUGGCGAGAGUGACUGCUACUCAUGUUCCUGUGCUGGACUCCCACUUCUCAAGUUCUGAGAGAAGGCACAGCCUCGCUUCCCGCCCUGAAACCUUGUCCUCAAGAACCUCGCCCAGCUCUCCUCAGGACGGCCUGGACUUGGUUGGCACAGUAGGAGUCAACAAAAUAAUAACUUACCUGAGACAAACCACUGGCCGAGACUCAGAAGACAGUGUCCUUGAAGAGCUGGGGACCAUGCUUGAUCCUGAAAAUACAAACCCAUGUGUGGACCUGGACACCUUCCAGGGCAUCAUGAAGGAGUGGAAAGCUUACUAUAUGAGCAGGAGGGAAGGAACAAGGAAUGGAUGGAGUGGCAGCUGGGAUGACUCCAUGUUUGAACCACAGGAAGAUGUGAGACCAGAUGGGCCAAGCUGCGAGCUGCUCCAGGAUUUCAGGGCAUGGAGGAAGGAGAUGUCUGACUUGAUCACAUGUGUUGUGGACCUGCACUCCAACAAGCAGAAACUGGAAGAGGAGAACACGACAUGUAAACUGGCAUUAGAAGCCAUGGAAGAAGCCAACAGGCAGCUGGCAGAGGACUGCACCAGCCUACACCUUCAGAUGAAAACUGCCCAGCAAGCUGUCAGGAGAGGCAGUCUUUUGAAGGAGGAGCUGGAGGACCUGAAGGUUACCAUGGCUGUGUCAGAAGAGCAGAAGACCAUGGUCGUGGCCCAGAAGAAGCAGUUAGAGACAGAAGUCAGGACUCUGAUUCUUAAGGUUCGGGCUCUCCAAGAAGAGAAUAUUAAGAAUGUCAUGGACAUAGACUCUCUGGAAAAGAAGAUUGAGGAAUUAUCUGAAACCAAGAAAGAGUGUCAAAUGCAGUUGCACAUGUAUGAGGACAUGCUGCUUACUAAAGAUGCAAGUUUGCAAAAGAAGGAUUUAUGCAUAGAAGAACUUGAGUCAACCAUCAUGGAAUACAGAAGCAUUCUAGAGAAUUUACGAGAAGAUAAGAACAACCUGGGCCAGGAGUUACAGCUCUUGCAGCACAAACUCAUUGUGAACGGGAUCCAGGUGCAUGACAAGGACAUGGCUUCUGAAGGGGAGAAGUCUCUCUACCAUGAGCUCACUCUUGCCCAGAUUGCAGAGGGCUUUUUAGAUGAGGAGUCUCCUCACUGUGAUCCCCCGUCCUGCACAGAGAGGCAUAGACUUCUUCAGGGGAAAUUGAAGCAGUCCUGCCACCAACCACAGCGGGGGCAAAAAGGAAGCGCCCAUCAGGUACCCCUGACCCGGAAAGACUCCUGCCAGUGUGCGCCUCUGCUAAAUGCCUUGUGUCUUGAGGGCCUUACAGCAAUUCCAAGGCUAGAACUGGCAUCUGUCUCAUGUGUCAAAAAGCCAGCCCAUGCUCCGAGUGAAAGACCCCCGCAGCAGGAGGCAGAUGGAGCGUUGGAUGUGACAAGACCACCCCAGUGUCCACUCCCCACAGGAGGCUCCAUCUUGGGACCAGAACUUCUAGAUCACACCAGGAUGAACGAGGACCUUAGCGUGGAAGAGAAUGGUGCUGGCCACUUGUAUUCUGAGAGCUUGCCACAGCUCAGGGAGUAUCUCACACAACCAUCCGCUGACCACACUUCAUCCUCAGAGAGUACCGUGACAUCAAGCGAAUCUGGAUCAGACAUUUUGCACAUGACUCCUGGUGAACCUGGCUGCAAAUCCCUCUGUGAGAAGGAGGAAGAAGCAAGAUCGGCCUCUGCCAUGCCAGGUAUGCUGUCGAGGGGCACCAGCCCAGCUCCCGAGAAUGCUGCAUGCCGAGACUCUGUGAGUUCGGACAAGGCUGCAUCACACCUGGAAGCAGGAGAGGGACUCAGAACAGUAGAAGAUGGAGGGAAGGACUGUACCGCGGGAGAAACUGAGGUUUCCACACCUCCCAAAGCACCCGUGAAGUUAGUUAACUUUCCACAGAGUGAGAACACUUCAGCUAGUGAGAAGGAGGUGGAGGCAGAGUUUCUCAGGUUGUCCUUGGGACUUAAGUGUGACUGGUUUACACUGGAGAAGAGAGUCAAGCUUGAAGAGAGGUCCCGGGACCUGGCAGAGGAAAACUUGAAAAAAGAAAUCACGAACUGUUUAAAGCUUUUAGAGUCAUUAGCACCUCUGUGUGAAGACGACAACCAGGCUCAGGAGAUCAUUAAGAAACUGGAGAAGAGUAUAACAUUUCUCAGCCAGUGCACGACACGUGUGGCCAGCAGGGCAGAGAUGCUGGGGGCCAUCAAUCAGGAAAGCCGGGUGAGCAAAGCAGUAGAAGUGAUGAUUCAGCAUGUUGAGAACUUGAAGAGGAUGUAUGCCAAAGAGCAUGCCGAGCUGGAGGAGCUGAAGCAGGCUCUGCUGCAGAACGAGAGGUCCUUUAACCCUCUGGAGGAUGAAGAUGACUGUCAGAUUAAAAAACGUUCAUCUUCUCUAAAUUCCAAGCCAUCAUCUCUUCGAAGAGUGACAAUUGCCUCUUUACCCAGAAAUCUUGGAAAUGUGGGGAUGGUAUCUGGGAUGGAAAAUAACGACAGAUUCAGCCGGCGGUCAAGCAGCUGGAGAAUUUUGGGGACAAAGCAGAGUGAGCACCGCCCCUCACUACACCGAUUUAUUAGCACCUAUUCCUGGGCAGACGCUGAAGAUGCGAAGUGUGACCUGAAAACCAGAGAUGCCUCUGAACCGCCAGGAGAAGAGGCAGUGGAGAGGACCAGGAAGGCCAGCCUUUCUGAGAAGAGAAGCAGCCCGUCCACCUGGGACAGCGCUGCAGUCUGCGGCUCGGUGGCUUCGUGGGUCGCUCACCUGCAGGCGUCCUUCCGAAGGGCCAACAGAGUCCUCUGGCUCUCGGUGGUCUUCAUCGUGCUGUUUGCAGCCUUGAUGAGCUUCCUCACAGGCCAGUUCUUCCAGACAGCUGUGGAGGCCGCACCCACACAGGAAGGGAACUCCUGGAUGUCUCUAGAACACAUCUUAUGGCCGUUUACCAGACUCAGGCACAAUGGGCCUCCGCCAGUGUGACGGCAGCAUGGCUGAAUGUCCCGUUCUGAUUUUAACAUUUUCCUCUGAGAUUCAUAAAUUAGUAACUUUCUAGUAAUUAUAAUGCAAAGCCAGGGUUCUCAGAGCAGCUGAGAUAUUUUAAUUCCUCAACUACAUAGCAUAGGGAGGGGACCCCACCUAGGGUAUUUUAAUGAGCUUUCUCAGAGAGAGAGAGACAAACAGACAGACAGAAAGAGUACUUUAUUGAAACUUAUUAAAAUAAAGAACUAUUCAAAUCUU